AUGUCAUCCAUAACAAUAAUAACAAUAUCAUCAAUAUCAGAAACCACUAAGAAAAUUAUGAUAUGUUUUGGAUUGCUUGGUUUAAUAACAUUGAACAUAUUUAUUUUGCCAAUUAAAAAAAUUGAAGAUCUGUAUAUCUUUUCUGUUGGAAGUGGGGCGAUAGUAGCCGUCCCAAUGAUUUUUACUUUUUUAGCAUCGCAUCUGAUGGCGCUGUUAGUUAAUAAUACGCAUAUUAAUUUACCAAUUUAUAUUAAUGGACAGAAUUUACAAAUUAAUAUUAAUGGACAGAAUUUACAAAUUACUUUUACGCAUUUAAUCAAAUUCAUCAGCUUAAUAAUUGUUUUUAUUGAGUUAGGUAUUGGGUUUGGAAUAAACAUUAUUACAAUUCCAGGUUCGCUUCCCGUAAUGGGCGGAAAGUUUAGUGUUGAUCCAUUAGUACCAUGUAAGGUUGGGAUCGAUGCGGGAUGCGCAAAUUUAUUCCAAUCUAGGUUUAGGUUUCAAUGGUUACAGGGAGCUGCAGAUGUAAUGGUCCAUGGAAUUUCCAAACAAUUGUCUGUAAAUUGGGGAGAUGUAGUUAAUGAUGCACGAAUUAUAAUGGUAGCUACCACGGAUAACAACACGAAUAUAACUUAUAAGUUGGUACAAGAUAAUGAAGAACGUAUUCCAGCUUUUAGUAUAACUACUAUAUGUAACAAAUCAGCCCAUUUUCCAGGGUUGAUAAAUUUUCACAACUUGAGUAGAACAACACCAACACCAUUAAUACAAGCCAUACAAGCGGAUUCUGGGUUAAAUGGUCGGUGGAUUGCAGAGGUCAUAAACCUUGAACAGGAUAACCUUUUGGAAACAACGCGAAUUACUGUCAAUUUUGUACAAAUAUCGGCUGUUAACACAACAUGUGAAGGGAAAGUUGACAUAGCUGGAAAUCUUCAGUUAUGUCGUCGUUCAGAAGGUGUUGUUUGCUUGAUGAACACACAUGUGGAAUAUGUUAAUUUUAUAGAAGCUGGAUGUGAUACCUGUAUGACAGGGGGAAUUACUAAUGAUGAUAGAGCGGAAUAUUCAAGCCCAAAACCGGUAUAUGGGGAAUACAUGCACGCAGCACUUGCAUCAUAUGGUGGUCACUUAUUGAUACCUCAAUGUUCAGAUAAUUCAGUUGGAGGAUGUCUGAACUCAUCUGAAACACGUGUGGACAUUGUAAGAGAACAAUUUGUUCAAAUGUUUCGUGGAAUUACUGCAUCCGGAGUUAUGGCUAGACGAAAUUUGUUAGUAGGUGAAGGUAUAGAAAUUCCGGUCCAAAAAUUGGAAAGAGGAGUAACUGGUGUGAAAUUAGAAUUUGGAUAUGGAUAUUGGAUUACUAUACUUUUAAUGAGUGUAUCUGUGAUAGUAUUAUCCAUUUUCGGAUUAAUACUUUAG